CUAUCAGCAACUCUGGUAGAAAUGGCAGAAAAAAACCAACGCAAACUGGCUAAACCCCUAGAUCUUGACCCAAAACAACAUCAUCAGCACAUUUCAGCGAACUCAUCCACAAUGAGCAACCCCAUCGAAGACGCAAAAGCUCAAGAAGCAACCCAAACCUUCACCUUCCGGCCGGCUACAAAAGCGGACAUCCCCGCUCUCCAACAGAUGAUCGAAGACUCGUUACGCGGGUUAGCAAAAGGACAUUACACCCAAGCCGAGCUCGACGGUUCGAUAGGCUUCCUCUUCGGGCCCGACACAGUUUUAAUUCUCGACCAAACAUACUUCAUCCUGCACCCCAAAUCACAACCCUCAACAAUCUGCGCGUGCGGCGGCUGGUCCUUCCGCAAAACACUGUACGGCGGGGACGCUGCACCCUCUCUGCUUCGCAUGCCUGCGAAACGUGACCCUGCUGUUGACAGAGCAAGUAUCCGCGCAAUUUUCACGCAUCCUGCGUGGGCGCGCCGUGGGCUCGGUACCAUGAUGAUGCGGUACUGCGAGGCACGAGCGCAGGAGGGGAAAGUAGGGGAGGUUGGCGGGUUCCGGCAGUUGGAAAUGGGGGCGACGUUGAGUGGAGUGGCGUUGUAUGAGAAGUGCGGAUACGUGAGGAGUGGGAGGGAGGAUGUGGUCAGGUGUCCGAACGGAGAGGGGAUACGGGUCUUGCAUAUGGAGAAAGAUUUGGGGGAUGUUCAAGAGGUGGGAAAUCGAAAGGAAGGUGGGAGCAGGGGCUGAGAACCAUCAUGCCUGUGCUACUAGAGAGGGUGAAAUUUAUCUUUGAGGCAAUACUAAAGUACCAUUAUCAAGGAACUGCAUA